AUGCAUCCUUUCACCAACCUUCUGGCAGCGGCGGGAGCCAUCGGUGGUGUUGUGGCGCAGGACUUCAAUGUUCUGCGACAAGUUGGAGGCAACGGACAGUGGUUCCCUGGACCACAAGUGACUGGUAUCUCUCCUGACGUGCCUGAAGGCUGCCAGAUUGAGCUAUCUGCUUUCUUCUCCCGCCAUGGAAGUCGUUACCCUGACACUGGUGCAUACAAUGGAUGGGUUGAUAUCCAGAAGCGCCUCGAGGCAGCCUCGUUCACUGUGAAUGAUGAGAAAUUCGAGUUUCUCAAGACAUGGAAGCCUGUCCUGUCAGACCCAGAGAGCCAAAUCGCCCAAAUUUCGGCUACUGGUGUCAAAGAGCUUCGUGAAAUGGGCAAGACGUGGCGUCAACGUUACUCCGACUUGUACCAAGAGAACAGUCCAUUCACCAUGUGGGCCAACUACUACAAGUCGAGUCCUCGUGUGCGCGAUAGUGCCCGUUACUUCGCGCAAGGUUUUGUGGGAGAUAACGCCGCAAAUCUCACCACCAUCUACGCACUCAACGCCAGUGACCCAAGGGCUUGGAUGAACUCCCUUGCCCCUAGCGAUCUUUGCAAGGCCUACAACGAUGAGGGUGGCAGCCCUUUCAAAGAUGUAUGGGACGCCAUUUACGUGCCACCGAUCCAAGCCAGGAUCAAUGCAAAGGUCCAAGGGUUCAACUUCACCGCCGGAGAUGUGCAACAGAUCCCAUAUCUAUGUGGUUUUGAGACACAAAUCACAGAGAGCCGAAGCCCCUUUUGCGACUUGCUCACCCAGGAGGAGAUUGACAACUACGAGUAUGCCCAGGACUUGCGCUACUGGUACGGAACUGGCCUUGGCUCUGAUAUCGAGAAGUACCAGAUGCUCCCGGUUCUUGACAUGGUAGCGCAACGCUUCAUCGAUGGACCCAACGCUGUCUACCAGAACGGCAAUACGACCUUCAUUCCCCCCAAGGUCAUGGCAUCCUUCUCGAACGAUGGGCAAAUCAACCAGCUCAUUUCUAUGCUUGGCGUCUUCGACGACCAGCCCCAACUUCCUGGUGACAUGCUUCUUGCCAAUAGGACCUUCCGAUCAAGUCGCCUUACUCCCAUGCGUGGUACUGUCGCGUUUGAGCGUCUUUCGUGUCCUGUUGACCCCUUUGAGACUUCCUGUGGUUACACUGGCGCCCCCACGAAGGAUGUGUAUAUGCGCAUACUGCUGAACGAUGUCGUAUACCCAGUUGUUGGCUGCACCAGCGGUCCAGGUUCUUCGUGCCCUCUCAUGGAGUACCAAGGCCUCAUCCGCAACAAGUUCGUCGAAGCUGGAAGUUUCGCAACACUUUGCAAUGACACUACACCAGCUUACUCAAGCACGCGUAGCGCGAACUUUUACAUGGACAACACUCUGCCAUUCGCAAGCGUGGUGAGGCCGUAGGCCUGAUGUGCGCACUCACUAUUGAAUGUUAGCCUAUAAUAGCAUAAUGUAAUCAGUACCUCCU